AUGAGUAGUGGAAUCAGAAAUGAAGCACCUAUAAAUGCCUAUUAUAAUCAUUUUUUAAAUCUCAAGUUACCUGCGGAUAAAGUAUUUGCUACGUAUGUAUGGAUCGAUGGCAGCGGAAUCAACAUGCGGUCUAAGGAUCGAAUUCUUAACAAAGUGCCUCAUAAUUUGUCCAUGAUUCCUAAAUGGUCAUUUGAUGGUAGUUCAACGGGACAAGCUAAAACUGAAAAUUCUGACACUCUUCUAAUUCCUGCAGCAAUGUACAGAGAUCCGUUCCGCAAAAGUCCUAACGUUAUUAUUCUUUGUGAAACAUAUUUCGAUAAUGGAACUCCGACGGAUACUAAUCACAGGAAUCAUUGUGCUAAAGUACUUAGUAAAAUUUCAGAUAAAGACCCAUUUUUUGGUAUAGAACAAGAGUAUACUAUGUUAGACUUAGAUAUGUGGCCUUUAGGGUGGCCAAAGACUAGGGGGUUUCCGUCAGUAGGCAAGAAUCGCUUCUCAUAUUGUGGAGUUGGUCCGUACGUAGUUGGUCGAGAGAUUGCAGAGUGUCACGCCAAUGCGUGUAUCUAUGCUGGCAUGGAUUUUGAAGGCACUAAUGCGGAAGUUAUGAAAUCUGCUUGGGAGUUUCAGGUUGGAAUAGCUAAAGGCAUUAAAGCCGCUGAUGAUAUAUGGCUGGGUCGAUAUCUUCUUACCAGAAUAGCAGAAUAUUUUGGAGCAACCAUCAGUUUUCAUCCUAAACCAAUGGGUAAAUAUCUACCUGGAACUGGCUGCCACCACAAUUUUAGUAUCAAAAAAAUGCGGUCAGAAGGAGGUUUAGAGGAAGUGCAGCGAGUGUGCAAAAUUUUGUGUGAGAAACAUGACACGUAUAUAAAGAACUACGGCCUCGGUAAUGGAGAAGAAAACAAGCUUAGAUUGACAGGAAAACACGAAACAGCACCUUAUGAUUCUUGCCGAUGGGCAGUCGCAGAUCGCGGAGCCUCUAUUCGUAUACAAAGAAGCACAGUUAUUAAUAAAAAAGGUUUUCUUGAAGAUCGAAGACCUGCAGGAGAUUGUGAUCCGUAUAGAGUAUGUGCUCUUCUUGCUGAAACUUGUUUAUAA